CAAUCACGUGAUAACGAAGUUAUUUAAAGAUCUUUAAAUCACAACAUUAACCAAGUGAACCUUGUAGAGGUAGCUCCAUUCGGUGAUUAUAACAGCAAAAUCUUCCACAAACCGACCCGAGUGUCUUAAGAAAAGAACACAUUAGUUAUGGUAGUCAUACAUACCCUUGCAAAGACUGUAUGGCCAUGGCUGGUAUAUUUUGAUCAUAGGUUCGAUCGAUCAAAGAUGACCUGGACCGACUGAACAGCGACAACUUUAUAUAUUUAUAUAUUAAUUGUUAAAAUUUAUUAAAUGACUCUCUCCACCGAAAGGUCUGCCCGUUAUACUGGACUUCUUUUCUUCACGCCAAAAUUUUUUUUUUUUAACUUUCCCUAAAAUUUUGUUCCGUUCAUAAGCGAGGAAUAUAUUCUUUAUCACUGUUUUUAUUUCAUCAACAAAACAUUUUGUGGAGAAAAUGGAUAACAUAAAAAACCGUAAAAGUACUUCUGUCAGUUUUUCACAGUUGUCCACUGAAGAAGAUAUGGACGAUCAAGUGAAUGCUGAAGAUUCUACCUACUUGCUUCCUUCUGAACAUUCCUCUGGUACAAUGCAAAACAAUUCACAGUGUUCCUUGGAUUCUAUGAAGCAUGAAGAGAAGGAAAAUAAAAGAAAUCUCUUAGCUUUUUGGAUAUUUGGGUUAUGCAAUAACUUUGCCUAUGUGAUAAUGUUAAGUGCUGCACAUGAUAUUCUGAAAGAAGAGGAAAAUAAGAAACAAAACCAGUCUGAUACAUUCCAAAAUAAUUCUAGUACAUUUGGCAACACCACCGCAGAUUCUGGUUCCAAAUAUCUGAUUUGUAAUGAAAUUGGAACUGGCGCUAUCCUGCUUGCUGAUAUUCUUCCGGCACUAUUGAUAAAAUUAUCCUCACCACUCUACAUCCAGAAACUAUCUUACAACUUAAAGGUGACAAUAAUCAUCGCUACAACUACUCUCAGUUUCAUAUUAGUUUCAGCAGCUUCAAAUGUCAUCUUCAGUAUUAUUGGUGUUUGUUUUGCCAGCUUUAGCUCUGGAUUAGGAGAAGUUACAUUCCUGAGUUUAACUUCAUUUUUUCACAAAAAUGUUGUCUCAACAUGGUCCUCUGGAACUGGAGGGGCUGGUAUUUUUGGUGCUCUUUCUUAUGCAGGACUCACCAUGCUUAAUCUUUCUCCUCGUCACACAAUACUGGUCAUGCUCAUCAUUCCUGCCAUUUUUGCAUUCAGUUACUUUGUCCUAUUGCAAAAGCCUCCAGUUUUACAAACACUUGGUACUGAUGUUUCUCACAGUAUGCUAUUAAACUCAUCACCUCCAAGAUUGAUGCUUAAUACAAGAGAAAAACUCGUCAGAAUUGGGGCAGUUGUAAAGUAUAUGUUACCAUUGUGUUUGGUAUAUAUUGCUGAGUAUUAUAUUAAUCAAACAUUGUUUGAACUUCUUUAUUUCAACAAAAUAUGGUUAAAAUCUGCUGAACAGUAUCGAUGGUAUCAAGUCGAUUACCAAAUUGGUGUUUUCAUUGCCCGCUCAUCUGUAAACCUUUUCCAUUUGAAAUUCCUUUGGUUGCCUGUUAUACUACAGAUGGGCAUUUUAGCUAUUCUUCAGACACAAGUCCUCUUUCAUUAUAUAAAAAGCUUUUGGAUCAUCAUUGCAGUUAUAUUUAUUGAAGGAGUACAAGGUGGUUUAGCUUAUGUUAAUACAUAUUACCGAAUGUCACAGGAGAUUAGCCCCGAAUACUUAGAGUUCAGUAUUGGAGUGACCUGUGUUGCUGAUUCAAUGGGCAUAGCCAUUGCCGGGCUUAUUUCAAUUCCGGCUCACAACAGCAUUUGUCGAAGACCUAUCAAGAUGUAAUCAGCAGUAAAUGAUCAACAUAAUAUCAUAAAGACAAAUUUUAAUAUUUGAUUUUAUCACUUCUUAAGCGGGCCAAAUCUAACAAGGAGUGAUUUUUUUUUUUUAAGUCAGACAUCCAGAAUAAUUUAAUCAUGACACCAUUGUUAACAUUAAUAAGCAUGGGGCCGAGAAGUGACAAUAGUUCUCGUUUUUGUGAUUUCUUCUGGGUUUACUGAGAUAAGAUGGACAGUGAAGUUUUAUAAUAAGAUGAUAUGCAGACCAAUAUCAUGAUUUGAAACUAUAAUUUAAUUUUUCAUUCACUUGGCUGAUACUCUCAUUUCAUCUUUUUAUAUAUAUUUUAAGAACCAUAUUUAUAUCACUUUAUUUUCCUAGUUAUCUUACAUAAUUUAAAUAAUAUACACCCAUGCAUUUUUUAAAUAUGUUUUUUUAUAUAAUCUUGUUAUAAAUAAAUAUCAUUUUAAAAAAAUAUUUUUUAUAAAAGUCAUGUUUCUUAAUAAAGCAACUUGUUUAGUUAUUUAAAUAAAUGUAUUUUUUAGAUUU